AUGUCAACACCGCGACUAUCCUCAAAUUGCGAGAUCUUUUAUGGAAUAACCUGGACUGGGACUCCUAACAAAUCAGCAUCCAGUGCGUCCAACCACAUAUUACAUGAUAUGGCUUCAACCGAAACCCAUCUAGGCCCUGCCCCAAAGGCCCUAUGGAACGUAAAAGACCUGAAUGUUUUCCCUGUAGUCCGUCAUCGCGGCGCUGAAAAGGGGACAAUAACCAUUCUUUCGAUCCCUAACAACCCUAUCAUCCCAUCCCCUCUUGCAGACAAUAUCACUCCACAUCAGUUACAACUCAUUAAAUCUACCUGCCAGAAAUGGCAAGAUGGAGACGGGCCGGAAGUAUGGAAAGCAUGGAAGCGAGCUUGGGACCUAUGGAACAACUUUUACAUCCCAGGCCGUGCCAAUCCUAGUUGGAUUCAAAAAGAUUUAGCGAGGAGAACACUUGAGAGAAGUAAAGUCAAUAGGAAAGAAGGUGGAAACAAGCAGCUGGAUAUCGGCGCACCGCUCAGAGUGCACGAUUACUACCUCGGUGACGAUCCACCUCCUGCCGGAAGGGGGAAAAAGUGGGUGAGGGGACACUUUUUCAAUGUCCCGCCCGAGGUGAAAUCGUUGCGCAAAGAACUUGUUCAGAAACAGGAACUGCGCGAACGGUAUUGGGAGCUUGUUGAUAACCUUAAAGAACUGGAUGCCAUCACAGGCCAGAAGAAACAGAGGAUCAUCAUGGCGGAUGGUGUUGAACACGUGGAGGACGAAACACUCGAUAUCUGGUGGAGUAACACUGGACACGAUGAAGCAGGCAACAGUGCAGGUCUGGUUGCUCUGAAGUCUAGGGCAGAGUAUGAUGGAGAUGGAAUAGAGGACAAGAUUGCUAAUACAGUCUGGCGACCUGGCAGAGUUUGGGCAGAAGGAACCGACGAUGUCAUGGAGUUUGAUGAUUGGUGGAAUGAAGUUAAGAGAGCGAAGACGAAAGGAUCCAAUCUUGCCGGAAGUGACAGCGUGCGGGUGGCAGGUAAGCUCGAGGUCGAUGGAGGUGUGGAUUGUGGAGGUGGACCGUUUCCUUGCUUGAGAUACAUGUAUAAAUACCUUCGUACCAAAGACUACCGAUAUAUAAGACGCAAAAUUUGGGACGGUGUUACAGGGACCAUAUUCAAUAUUCCUAUGUUAAAUCACACCGACGAAGCGCAGGAUCAUCAUACCAAUCGUAUGGCAUUGAUUCACCCAUCUGCACCGGUUAAGCAAUUCCAGCGAAACAUCUUUCCUCUAAGAAUACACUGUCUACCCCUUCUCACCGCCCUCGAGCCACCUGCGGUAACUAAAUCCAACGAAGAAUUAGUCAAUAUAUCUUAUAAUAAUCCGAAGCGAAUCUAUCGUGUAAUGGAUGAGGAUGACCCAUGGUAUGUGACGCCAGAACAAGAAUAUCUACGCGAUGUGCCUCCUAGAUCGUAUCCUCUGCCCGGGCACGAGGAUUCUGAAAUUCUGCCAUAUGAUGACUUGCAUUAUUUGGAGCACCGGAUGAGAGAUAGACUAGGCGAACAUGGCUAUUUUUUGACCAAUACGAUGGGAGGCGAGGUGGUGGUGAACGGGCAAAAGAUUGCACUCGGUGAGGUGGCCGGACCAAUGCCAGCAUUGGCGGUCAUACAAUGUCCUGGAGGACAGGUGUGUUUUUGGUGGGGUGAAAAUGGGAGGAACUGGGGUGAUGGUGGGCGAGCUGCUCAGACAAGUACUGGAUGGGAGAUCCUGAGGCAGAGACGAGAAUGGAAAGACGUAGGAAAGAGCGCUGGUGAGGUUUGGGACGACCGAAUUAUCGAUCGAAUGAGAAGAGAGGAGGCUGGUGGCGAAGGAGAGGACGACGACGAAGAGUGGAACAGCUAUAGGCAGUAUGAAGACAGAGGCCAAGGACCGAUCAAUCCUGCCGUCAGGACUACUGUUGGCAACUUACCCCCGAAUCUUGAUUACGAGGUAGCUGCUCCUGAUUUGCCAAGCGGUCAUUGGGAUUCUGACACCGAGCCAUCAAAAUCCGCUAGUCAACCCCAAUUGAUUCAUAUACCGGUGCAGUUCAAAAGCCCAGAAGAUGAGCUCCGCUAUAUAUCUUUGGAGAAUCCACUGCUGGAAAAAGCUGCUGAGGCGGUAACAAACCAACCAAUCAUCGAGCCCUCUGUCGAAAGCUUCUGGACAGGUCCCCAGCCUAUCUCUGACUUUGUAGCUCAGGCACGAGUUCGUAAUCAAGAUGUCAACAACCAAUGGAAAUCUGAGAAGGAAGCCAUUUUCAAAGCACAAAUUAAGCUAUCAAAGUCAAGAAAGCCGCUUGUUGACAAAGAACAUGCAUCUAUCUUUGCGCGGGAACAAGAGGCGUCACAAGCUGCCGAGGGAAUUAAAGGUAAAAGAAAGCGAGGAGUUAACGAUGAUGGCGGGCGGCCUGCCAAAUUCAGAACAAUAGAUCCUAAAGUCGCACGUCAAAGAUCUUUGCAAGACGAUGCACUUUUAGCAAUUGCUCUUAAGGUCAAAGUCGCACGAGCGGCGGAGCAGAGACAAGCAAUGCAGAAAGCCAGGGAACUAGAAAUUCAAGUUGAGGAACUGCGACGGAAAGAUCCGAACUUGUCCGCCAUUGAUGCUAAGACCAGAGUGUCGGUUCUUAAAACACAAAAAGUCCAGGACAGUAAACGAGACCGGCUUGGGGCAAGUCAAAAUCGGAAACUCGUUGGAAAUCUAGGAAUUCAGGCUCAGAGUGACGGGAGUGCUGUCAAGGCUGCUGAAGCACAAAUGCUCAAUUUCGAAUACGAUAAUAAAGUGGCGGGAGCCGAAACGAGCAGGAUGAAGCAAAUUGCGAAAAAAAGAGCGCGAACAGAGAAAACAGGAAAGGUUAGAAGUGAACUGGCUAGACUUGAGAGAGAAAGGUUGGAAAAAGCUGACAACGAAGCAGCUGCGACGAGAGCCAGUGAGGAGAACGCGAUAUUAAAGGUCUCACGCAAGGACCAAGAUGACGAGAAUCGUAAGGAAGGAGACUUGGCCAAGACUGCUGGAAAAAAGGAAGGGAAGUUUGAGAACAAGGAUGCUCACAAAAAGCUUGUCCUGAAAUUAUGUUUUGAUGGAUAUCGAGGAGCAGAAUUAGAGGAAGCCAUCAAUGCAACUCAAGCUGGCAGACCGCUAAAGUCACCACCCAAACGACAAGUUGGACACUCAUAUGACAAGGAUACUCCACCAUCUGAUCUAAAGUUGUUUAUUGAGUGGGACAAAUGGACAGAGCAAGAGCAUAGUGAGUUUGUCAAGGAACACAAGUUCAAUGAGGAAACAGAAACGCGAUAUAUGAUAUGGAAAUCCCUCCAUGCCCAGCAUACCAAACCAACUUCAUCUGAAGCACGAAAGCAAUCCGUCGCCAAUAUUCAAGAUAGCAUCACCGCCCGUGCCGAAGUUGUAGGAAUGGACGAUGAGACUUUUGUCCGCUCUCUCGGCUUCCCCAGCAUUCAAUCAUACACAAAUCAUGUACUUGCCAACGAAGACGGGUCUUACUUGCAUCAGGACAUAUUCAAAAAAAGGAAAUCGUCGUCCAGCAGCACAAUGCAAGGCAAAAGCGAGGAAGAACUUGCGGAACUUGAAGCAAAUGAGGACAUGCAAACCUACUGCAAACACCAAGCCUCCCUCGGUCUCGCCGCUCUCGCCGCCUUGAGCUACAAAACGCAAGAAGAAAUCGCCCAAGAGCGCUUCGGACUAUCCGUACAUGGAUACCUCAAGGCUUGCGUCGAGAAACUCGAGCUCAUGAAAGGAACGUCCAAGGAACAAAAGCACGAAGGCAGAGGCAAGGAGAGACACUACAAGAGCUUGCGAAAUGACGAGCGGUAUCGUGCUGAGUAUCGCCAGUAUCAGGACGAUGUGCGGACGUACAAUAAGGAGGAGACGGAACGGCUGGAGCGGAAUUUGGAUUUGAUUAAUAGGGAGUUUGCGAUGUGGGAGGCGAGGUAUGAGUUGACUAACAGACCGAAGACGGAGGUGUGGGGGGAGGAUGAGGAUUUGAGUUGUGAUGUUUGA